AUGUCUCUUCCAAACACCACUGUUGUUGUUGUUGUUGAUCCAAUUCAUCUUGCUCCACCCGUUGGUCAUCUCAAACCUUUCCACCAACAAAUUGAACAACAAAUUGAACAACAAAUUGAACAACAAAUUGAACAACAAGAGGAUAUUCACAUGUCAUUGCCUUUGGCUUUCAAGUUUUUGAGUCCUACAACAGCCUCUAACACCGCCUCUGGAGGUACGACUUGGCGUUUUCACUUGCAACAAACGUAUGGUGAGAAUUUUGAUAGUGAUCAAUGA